AUGACUAGAAUUGCACCUCAUCAUCAUGAUAGCUAUUCUGCAAGCAAUCUCUAUUCCUUCAGUAACAACAAUACAACCACUAACAAUAUUAAUCACAACAACAACAACAACAAUAAUAAUAUUAAUAAUAAUGAGGAAAUACAGAGUAGUAAGAGCAUACAUGAUAGAAAUCCCUUACUAGGCUUUUGUCUUUCCUUUAGGUUAUUCCUCGUCAUGCUAAUCAUGAUAUUGGUCAUUGCUACAUCAUUCAGUGUUUGGCUCUCUGCUUAUGUAAUGCAUCAAAGGGAAUCAAUACAAUCGACAAAAGUACUUGUCCAGACUAUCCAGGAGAAGAUUAUAAACUUUCUUGAUAGACCCUUAAUGCUAGCAAAAAGUUUAUCCAUCACUCUGGCUGAUGAUUAUCACAGAAAAGUAAUCAAUACCGAUAGUUCGCUAGUUCCAUACUUUCACAGUAGAAUAAUUUACAACAAUGUUACAAUGUUGAAUAUUUGUUUUGGUGAAUUGAAUAAUAAUGGACUUUUUGCUGUGGACACCAAAAGUUGGGCUUUCGUAAAUUUUAAUAAUCUAAAAUUAACCAUUUGCGAUUUGAAUUUGACAUCAGUGGUGCCCAUGUAUGAUAAGGUUUCAACAAGCGUUCCAAAGUAUUUUAUAAAUACUACAGAUUACUACAAGGAAUCAUUGAGAAUAUUCAAUGCCUAUCCAACUUCACCUGGUGGUUUUGGUCCUCCUUAUAAGGUUUACGACAGAACAGUGUGGCCAGCCGAAAAGAGAAGAAUUGGAAUUUCAAAGAUCAAUCUUUCACUAGGUAAAAUUUCAACCUUUUUAUCAAAAUUAAAGAUUUUGAAUAGAGGAUAUAUCAUUCUGACUGAAUAUGCCAAUGAUAUGAUUAUUGGAGCCAAUUUGAAUAUUACGGGAGUUGGUUUUGACAGAAUUCCAGUAAGAAAUGUAACAGUUCGAAAUGCUGGUUCACUAAUGAACAAGUAUCUAUCAAUGAAUGUAUCAGAAGGAGAUAUUACACAAGUUACAGGAGAAGAUGGAAUUUCCUACAUGAUUUCCAGUUCAUCCUAUUCAAUAGAUAAUUUGAAAUGGAGAAUGACAAUAGUGUGUGAGGAGAGUGAAAUUAUGGAAAAUGUCAUUCUUAGCAGUUACGUCAUUUUGGGUGUUGCUAUUGGAGUCACCUUAAUUGGAAUGAUGUUUAGUAUCUUGAUAGGAUAUGCCAUAACGAAACCUCUUCGAAUCAUUCAAUCCGAUUUUGCAAAGAUUGAAGUAAUGAGUUUGGAAGAAAUCGAGAGACACUCUUCAAUCUUUACCGAAAUUAGAAAUAUCUAUGUGAGUUUGUACUUGACAGUCAAGUGGUUACAGGAAUUUAGAGCUUUCCUUCCAGAGAAUAUUCUUAAUCAAUUGGAAAGUAAUGAUCCUCAGAAACCUAAAGUAAUUACAACACCUUCAGAUCAACAUGUCAUUGAAAAUUCAGCCAAACAACAUUACCUAAAAAAGGAGAACUCAUCAUACUUGGAAGAGAAAUCCUCACAUACUUCAUCAUUCUUCCUUGGUGUUGAUAACAAUACCAAUAACAAGAUGAAUCUCUUCAAAAUUGGUUUGUCAACCCUUAACAGCUCUGUAAUGUAUAUCAAGAUUACAGGAUUUAACAUGAUCGAUAACACCUAUGAUUUGAGUAAUUUGCUAUCAAAAUGCUAUACUAACAUUCUCCAACUAUGUAAGACAAUGAAAGUUGAUGUUCACACGAAGAGUGUUGAUGAAUAUGCAGUCAUUCACCCUGAUAACAUUACCAUUCUAGAAACAUCCCUUAAAAUCAAAUCAUUCUUCAAUUCUCUCAAUGAAACAUUAACCAAUGAAAAGAAAACACCAGUUGACUUGCAUAUUGGAAUAAGUACUGGAUCAUGUCUUCAAGGAAAUAUCGGAAACAAACAAAUGAGAUAUUAUGCAAUGUUUGGACGUUCGAUGAAAUGCUCCAGAGAUUUGGCUUAUUUGAAUAGUGUUAUUUCUACUAAUAUUCUUGUAGAUGAGAGUACCUAUUUGAAUCAUAAGGCAAAUUCUCGCUUUGUGUUUGCUCCAGUUGACCGAUAUUCGAGUGAACAUUUCUCUGGAUUUGAAAAUGUGCAAACAGUGUAUGAGUUGAUAAGAAGCAAUAAUGUGAAAGAAGAUGAAUGGCUUUAUGAAUUGGAAUCAAAGAAAUUAAAUGACAAGCUGGCAAUGCUAUGUGAAAAAUUCGUGUCAAUGUUUACCAAUCAAAUGGCAGAUGAAGAUGUUCAAUACAUGAUUGGAUUAAUUGAAGAAUUACAGACCUACCAACCAGAUAGAAUCAAAUUAUGGGAUCAUUUGAUUAAAUUAUCAAGAAAGAAAAUCAAUGAGAAUGUUGAUUUAUCAAGAUAUUGUGUAAAUAUCGGUGUUGUAACUGAAAGCAUGUUAGAAAGUGAUGUGAAAUACAUGAAUGGUUUAUAA